UUGUCAUAUAAAACUACAAUUUCAAAUUUGCCACUAAACACAAGCGCCAUCUUUGAAACUUCAAACAUAUGUUAAAACUCGUGCAAUUUAUAAUCGAACAUGUGUGAAUUGCCGGAGACUCUAUAAUAUGAUACUGAGGUCAUGCUGUCAGCUCUAUUUCAUAUUACAUUAUACACAUAAUUAAAUAAUUGAGUACAAAUCAUUCAAAUAAAAAAUUCAGAAAAAUGUCAUUUUAUUUACGUCCCAUUUCAAAUAAAUUUACAUCUCUUGUUAAUCUACGAAAACAAGUAACUGACAUCAACUAUCAAUUAUCAAAAAAUGUUAAAUCUUCUUUAUUUCUGGAUGAAUUUUUAGGUGCACAAACAAGUUCAAUAAUAAAUGUCAAAAUAAUACCUUCGAAUUCAAUAACUCAUUUAUUAAAUCACAAUGUUAUCUUAUUCAAUGCUAAUAUUGAGAGUCCUAAGAUAGAAAAUAAAAAACAUAAUUGGACUAAACAACAAAUAAUCAAAUUACAUCAGCAAAAACAAAUAAAUGCUCAGAUGCAAAAUAUUCUCAAUCCAGAUUUAAAUAUGACAUUAUUAAAAAUUAAUGUAGAAGGUGGAAAACCACUCGUAACUUUAAGAAGUAAAAAAUCUAGUUUGCCAUGUACAAAAAUGAUAUUAACCAAAAGCACAUCCGAUAAUAUUUUACUCAGUUCUCAAAAGGAUGGAAUAUUCCAUACAGAAAUUUCUCCUAAUGUGCAAAGUAUAAAUGAAAUACAAGCUUCUGAAAAUCGUAAACCAGUUGACUCACAUUUACAAAAUGUAUUUGACAUUCUUCGUAAGGAUUUACCACUUCUAUUUAUUAAACAAAUGAAUUAUGAAAUUUAUACACAAGAUGUAGUAUUUAUCAAUAAUAUUAGAGGCACAACAAGUGUUGGUAUUGCGCAAUAUUUUAAGCAAAUAACGUUAUUAAAAAUCAUUGGUCAUUUAAAAUAUGCGUUUGUUAAGUUAGAGGUUUUAAAAAUGACUAUGCAUCCUGAAGAUAACAGUAUUAAAGUUCGUUGGCGUAUAGUAGGUAUUUCUGGCACACGCGUAUUUCUUACAUUUUGGAAAAUUAAAGUCUGGAAUACAAAAGAAAAAACAGACAAUGCAGCAGCGUGGUACGAUGGCUUUUCAACAUUUUAUGUUAAUAAUGAUGGCAAAAUAUUUAAACAUAUUGUGGAUAAAACAAUGCCUGAUCAAGAUAUAGCAGAAAAAAUUAAGACACCUAUUGAAACGAAACUUGCAUUAUUUGUUGCUUUAUUAGGUUUAAAUCCACAUCUUAUUCAAUUUUGUUUAAAAAGAUAUAUUGAAUUUCUUCGAAUAAGAUAAAAAAUUUAUUAAAUAAUUUUAAGUAUGUAAAAAAAAAUAAUAAAUAUUGAAACUAUAAUUAA